CCCGGCCGCGCCCCUGGCACUGCGGUUGGGUAGCCGGCAGCCAAUAGGCGGCCGCUUUGCUGCCAGGUGGCGCGCCGGUGGCUGUGGGGUCCCGGCUGCGGCCAGCAUGAUCCGGAUCGCCGCGCUCAACGCCAGCUCGGCCGUGGAGGACGACGACGCCGAGGGGACCCUCAAGAGUCACAAGUCGCAGACCAAGGAAGCGCAGGAAGCAGAAGCCUUUGCCCUCUAUCACCAAGCGCUGGACCUUCAGAAACAUGACCUCUUUGAAGAGUCGGCCAAGGCCUACCAUGAACUGCUGGAGACUCGUCUGUUGCGCGAAGCAGUUGCAGCUGGAGAUGAGAGAGAGGGGUUGAAGCAUCCAGGCUUGAUGCUGAAGUAUUCAACUUACAAGAACUUGGCCCAGCUGGCUGCCCAACGAGACAACAUCGAGACGGCUAUGGAGUUCUACCUGGAGGCUGUGAAGCUUGACUCCACGGAUGUCAACCUAUGGUAUAAAAUUGGCCACGUGGCUCUCCGGCUUACUCGCCUUCCCCUGGCGCGCCAUGCUUUUGAAGAAGGGCUUGCCUGUAAUCCAGAUCAUUGGCCUUGUUUAGAUAACCUCAUCACCGUCCUCUACACCCUCAGUGACUACACAACGUGCUUAUAUUUUAUUUGCAAAGCACUGGAAAGAGAUAACUAUUACAGCAAAGGACUUGUUAUUAAAGAGAAGAUCUUUGAGGAACAGCCAUGCCUCAGAAAGGACUCCUUAAGAAUGUUUCUGAAAGGUGACCUGUCAGUGUGUGAUGUGCCUGUGAGUGCAUCAGAAACACAAACAAUCCUGGAGGAAGCCCUGGAGCUGCGCAGGAAAAGGCAGGCCUUGAUGGCACGGAAGACUGAGCCAGAUCUCAAGCUUGCCCAGCCCAUCUCUCUGUUCACGUGGAAAACUCUAGGAGAGAGUCUGAUGGCCACUUACUUGCAUCUCACAACUUGUGAGCUGCCUCGUCCAAGCUUGGGCAAGCGAAUUGAUCUCUUGGAGUACCAAGAUCUGAACCAGCACCUGGAGAACCAUGCAAAUUCAGCCCCCGUCAGUGUUCUUCACCCCAGCCCUGUCAGUUCCAACCCACUGGUGCCUUUGACUGAACCACUCCUCACAUAUACACCACUGACUCCCAACUUCCCCAGUUUGACUGUACUGGAAUCAGUAAACUCUGCAGGUGAUCCUUCUGUGGGUGACAAAUCUAAGAAAGGAUUAAAACGGAAGAAAAUCACGGAAGAGAGUGGUGAAACAGCUAAGAGGAGAUCAGCUCGAGUCAGGAAUACCAAGUGCAAAAAAGAAGAAAAAGUCGAUUUCCAGGAGCUGCUAGUAAAAUUCCUUCCUUCUCGCCUGAGGAAGCUGGAUCCAGACGAAGGCCCAUUCAACCACUAUGAGAUCCAAAGCACAGCAAAGGAAGAGAAUUCCCAGCCCCUGGGCUCCCAUAGGAUGUCCCUCGAGCUGACAGUCUGCAUAGAAUCUGAGAAGCAGGAUGUUCAUAAAUUCCUCUUGGCUAAUUUGAACAACGGAGGCAUCCUUGAACUGAUGAUGAGAUACCUGAAAGUCAUCAGCCAGAAGUUCCUGGUCAAGUGGCCACCAGGCUUGCCUGAGCUUGUCCUGAAUAUCUACAACAAUUGGAGAAAACACAGCAGCAGCCUACCCAACCCACUAUUAAGGGACUGCCGCAAUCAACACAUCAGGGAGAUGAUGCUGAUGAGUCUGUCCUGCAUGGAACUGCAGCUGGAUCAGUGGUUGCUGGCCAAAGGGAAGAGCUCCACAGUAUCUCCCAGGAAUGGUCCCUCAGCCAGUUCGGCGAGUGGCAAAUUUGGCCCAGACUUUCCAGGCACCCACUUCUUGGGGGAUCUGCUGCAGCUUUCAUUCGCUUCUUCCCAGCGGGACCUCUUUGAGGAGAGUUGGUUGCAGUUUGCCGUCCGAGUGUAUUGGCUGAAAGCUCGAUUUCUGGCUCUGCAGGGUGAAAUGGAGCAGGCCCUGGAAAACUAUGAUGUCUGCACAGAGAUGCUUCAACAUUUUGCUGCCGUGGAAGCCGCGCCUGACCGCGACAAGAGGGUGGUGAUCAGAUUGCCCAACCUCCAUGUUGACUCUGUGGUUUCUUUGGAGGAGAUUGAUAAGAAUCUGAAGUCCCUGGAGAGAUGCCAAUCUUUGGAGGAGCUUCAGCGCUUGUAUGAGGCUGGGGACUAUAGGGCUGUGGUUCAGCUGCUCCGCCCCACCUUGUGCCUCAGUGGGGACAGCAGGACGGAGCACUUGGACUUUGCCAUCUCCAUUCCAGAGAGGCCAGCUCAACUUCUCUUGCUACAGGAUUCCCUCCUUCGGCUGAAGGACUACCAGCAGUGCUUGGAAUGCUCCGAAGUGGCCUUGAACGAAGCUUUCCAGCAGAUGAUCAAUAUGACAGCCGCCUCCGCCAAGGAGGAGUGGGUGGCCACUGUGACCCAGCUGCUCCAGGGAAUCAGUCACUCCCUCUCCACAGACAGCAGCAGCCUGAGUGAAGCUUCUCCCCUGCUGAGUCUCACCCGAUUAAGUCACAACCUCAUCCAGAUUAUCGAUUGCAGCAUGGUAGUCCAGGAGGAACCCAAAGAGCCAUUUGUGUCCUCGGUGCUUCCCUGGAUUAUUCUUCAUCGGAUCGUUCAGCAUGAAGAAGAAAAUGCCCAGCCCCUUUGCUGCCAACACGAGGAGCAGCUGCAGAAUCCACAGGAAGGAGUGUCUCCCAUUCAUGACACACCAAUGCUGCCUUCUUCCCUUAUGCUGCUGAACACAGCCCAUGAAUACCUUGGAAGGAGAUCCUGGUGCUGCAACUCAGAUGGAGCUCUGCUUAAAUUUUAUGUGCGGGUUCUGCAAAAAGAGCUUUUAGCCUCCACCUCUGAAGACACCCACCCUUAUAAAGAGGAGCUAGAGACGGCCCUGGAGCAGUGUUUUUAUUGCCUGUAUGGCUUCCCAAGCAAAAAGAGCAAAGCUCGGUACUUGGAAGAGCAUUCGACCCCGCAGGUGGAAUUGAUCUGGGAAGAUGCCCUGUUCAUGUUUGAAUAUUUUAAGCCCAAGACCCUUCCUGAAUUUGACAGCUAUAAAACCAGCACCGUCUCUGCUGACCUAGCUAAUCUUCUGAAGAAGAUGGCCACUAUUGUCCCUCAAACAGACAAGCCUAUGCUCAGAUUGGAAGAAGUGUCGAGUUACAUUGAAGGGACCUUGAGCAAGGUGCCAGCCCUCCCGGAAGGCGCUGACUUCUCUCCUCCAGUGGUGACUGAGCUGUACUACCUCCUGGCUGACUACCACUUCAAGAAUAAGGAACAGUCCAAAGCCAUCAAGUUCUACAUGCAUGACAUCUGUAUCUGCCCAAACAGGUUUGACUCGUGGGCAGGGAUGGCUUUGGCCCGGGCCAGCCGCAUUCAGGAUAAGCUGAACUCCAAUGAACUGAAGAGCGACAGCCUCAUCUGGAAGCACUCCAGCCCAGUGCUGAGCUGCUUCAAACGAGCCCUUGAGAUCGAUGGCUCCAACCUCUCGCUCUGGAUAGAGUAUGGCACCAUUUCCUACGCUCUGCACUCGUUUGCCUCCCGGCAGCUGAAGCAAUGGAAAGCAGAGCUGCCCUUGGAGGUGGUGCAGCAGAUGGAAGAGCGGCGCAAUAGCAUGUUGGAAACGGCCCAGCACUGCUUCACGUCGGCUUCCCACUGCGAGGGUGACGGAGACGAAGAAGAAUGGCUGAUCCACUACAUGCUGGGGAAGAUUGCGGAGAAGCAGAAGCAGCCCCCGGGAUUCUACCUCUUUCACUACAAGCAGGCGGGUCACUUUCUGCAUGAAGAGGCAGCCCGGUACCCCAAGAAGAUCCAUUAUCAUAACCCCCCAGAGCUUGCCAUGGAGGCCCUGGAGAUCUACUUUCGGCUCCACGCAUCAAUCCUAAAACUGGUGGGAAUACCUGACUCGGGAGCAGAUGCUGAGCUGCUGGUGACUUUUAUGAAGGAAGCAGCCGAGGGGCCCUUUGCCAGGGGAGAGGAAAAACACACCCCCAAGCUCUCUGAAAAGUGA